CCCCUUAGAGGCGGGGCCAAGCGAACCGAGAAACUCUCCGUUCAUCCGUGUUUUCACACGGGCGAAGAGAGGCGUUCAGAUCAGUGGUGUCAGUUUGCUCUCUGAACACUACAAGAGGGUGGACACAAGGGUAUGAGAGAGAGUGGUCGGGAAAUAUAGGGCCUGAUACAACACACUGGGAAAGUCAAUCUUAACGACCACCAUGGCCGUUCCUGCGACUCUUCCGGUGCACUCUGGGACUUCUGCGGUGUCUAGUAAACUCUUCAGGACUGAUCCGUUUUUCACGAGUCCCGCGGACUCUCCGAGACUGAUCAACUCUCUGAACGCGACGCUUCCGAGCGGCGCGGCGAGCAACGAGUGCAAGAUCGUGGAGGUUCACGGGGUGAAAGUCGCUUCUUUUAAUGUGGAAGGACAAGAGCUGAUUUGUCUCCCUCAAGUCUUCGACCUUUUCUUAAAGCACCUCGUUGGCGGAUUGCACACCGUGUACACGAAGCUGAAGCGCUUGGAUAUAAAUCCGCUGGUGUGCACCGUGGAGCAGGUGCGCGUGUUGCGCGGACUCGGCGCGAUUCAACCCGGAGUGAACCGAUGCAAACUCAUUUCCAGAAAGGAUUUUGAAGCGCUGUACAAUGACUGUACCAACGCAAGCUCUCGCCCUGGCCGCCCACCGAAGCGUUCCUACGCGGCCUGCUUGCAAGAAAGCCCCAGAAUCCUCCACCCCAGAGCAAACAGCCUGCUGUCUCCAGCCUUGCUGUCACCCGCAGGUUUGACAACAGCGGCGAUGGCUGAAGCUUUGAAAAUCCAGAAGAUAAAGAUGAUGAUGGAUCUGCACAAGAACCACAACGGCUCAGAAUUCGAUUUAGAUGAAUUAAACGCUCAUACAGGACACAGUGAUUCGUCUUGGGAGCGACAUUCGUCACCUGUUUCAGAGAAGGCACAGCACAGCGUGAACAACUCGCAGCUCAACCCUCUCCAACACACCCAUCUACUGGCCAGCCGACUGGACCUGCCCUUUAUGAUGAUGCCCCAUCCGCUGCUUCCUGUUGGACUUCCUCCCGCAUCUGUUGCCAUGGCAAUGAACCAGAUGAACCACCUUAAUACAAUUGCCAACAUGGUUGCCAGCGCACAAGUGCACAGCCCCGUCUCCAGGCCGACAUCUGUCAUCAAGCAGGAGUGUUUCGAGAAGAGCCCCUCUUUGACACCAUCUGUGGAGGAAACACUUCCUCAGAAACCUGAACCAUCACCUCAACAAACCAGUUCGGCUCCCAGCAGUCCCUCACACUCUCACACAAUCUCCCCACAGAAACCAGCGUAUGACAUUCAUGACGAACACAGAGAAGCAAAUUCAGCUCUGCAUAUUAACCGACUUUCCAAUGACAGGGUUGAGCAGAAUGCAGUGAAGCCAACUAUAUUUCAGAAGAUGCCUCCUCAAACCUUUCCUUCAGGCUUCCCUGCUUCUCUCGUGUUCACCGAUGGCCUUUCUUCUGUUGAGACUCUGCUCACUAAUGUCCAGGGCCUGCUGAAGGUGGCUUUGGAGAAUGCUCGUCUACAAGAGAAACAGCUUCAGCAGGAGAGGAGAGAGCUGAAGAUGGAGCUCUACAAAGAACGAGAGAUGAGGGAGAGUUUAGAGAGACAGUUGACCUCUGAGCUACACAGUCGAGCCACCAUUCAGAGACGUCUGAAGAAGGAAAAGAAGGCAAAGAGAAGGUUACAGGAGGCGCUUGAAUACGAGUCUAAGAGGAGAGGGCAAAUCGAACAGGCUUUACAACAGGCCACCUCAUCUGACCCUCUCAAACACGAUCCAGUCAGUCUGGACAUGGAGACAGAACACUGCAGAAGCCCGGAGGACAACUGCAUGUUACAAGAAAGCAGAAUGUUUACAAAGAACCCAAUUAUGUAUUAAGAAGAAGCAACCUCCCAGCGAAGUUCUCCACAUCGAGGACAAUCAACUUUCCAAAUGAAGAUUCCAACCCAGAGAGGACAUUCGUGUUUUAAAUAAUGAAGAAAGGUCAUAGAAGAUCAGAUCUGUCAGAGAGAGCACAUCCAUUUAAAUGCUCUGUCCACUUUUGAACUCUUCCUCUAAACCUCACAGCAUUCCAGAGUCUUUGUUUAUAUCCACAUACUGUACUGUACAUUUAGCUAAAAUCCCUGUUUGAGUUCAACUGCUCUAUGGAGAGCGGUAAUGGCUUCCUGUUACUUGUAUGGAAACACGUUCUGAUAUUAUCCCUGAGGAACAGUUACAGACCGGAGACCUUCACUCCAACUGUCAAAAAUGGAUGAUAACCGUGGGCCAGGAGAAGAGGGAUAACUUUUGGUUAUCAAGUUUUAAGAAAACUUGAGUGCUUCUCAAAUAAAGUGUGAGAAUGUUACAUUUGUUCUUGCUUUUCUCUCAUAUGUCCAUCUUCUGGUUCAUCUGUCCAUUUCUGUAUGUAGGUCUGUUUAGCUUCCUGAUACUGAAACAUUCAUUUGCAGCAGGUCAAGAAUAUUUCUUCCUAACUGUGUGUUGCGAAUUUGUGAAUUAUUUUUGGGCUUUGUGUCAGAAGCUACUGAGUCCCAUCUUGACUGUUUCCCAUUUUGAGAAAUGACUGAACGUCUUUCUUAAUGAAACAAACAAUACUUUUAAAUGUAUUUGACGUUUUAAACCUCCAGACUGAUUUUUUCUGUUUCAUCCGACUUUGAUACCCCUUGAAUCAAAAGUCAUACGAUGACCAGCCAAUGGAAACUGGCCUGAUGUGGUGCAUGUUUUCACUUCCGUUUGUGUUCAGAAAGUCUCAACGUCUGUUUUUUGUGAGAUGCAGUUUAUUUCUGUAUCCAUUUACGACGUUGGCAGUGUGUGAUGCGCUGAUUUGGAAUGCAAUACAAAAAGCUACACAAUUCCCGGAUGAUGCCAUCUAUCCUAUAGACAUUCAAGCAAGUCUUGAAAGGUCUUGAUCAAUGUCUGUCAUUGUUUUAUGCGGGACGACUACACAAAUAAACAAAGCAAUGUUCAUGUCAGUGGUGUCACCUUUAUCAAUGCCUUCCUGACUGAAGCAAAAGCCAUCAAACAAGCCUAUUGAUUAAGGCCAUGCAAAUGAGACCCCAUUAGAGCUUAAAUGUCUCUUCUCGGCAAACUAUUGGCCUUUAUUGACAGAUAUCAAAGUCCUCAUUAACAUUCACAGUUUGGUCUUCUCAGGGUCUAAUGAGGAACUGUCGUUCGACCGGCGUCCUAUGUAUAAAAGUGAACGCUUGCAUUUUUUGGAAAACAAUUUGCAAUAGCUUUAAGGACUGACAUUGUAGUGAAAGCAUUCACAGACAGUAAUCCAGAAAACUCCGGCUGUGUCAUAUCCUUUUCCAAACAAGGAUAUCAUGACUCAAAGUACAUUUACCGUAUUGCAUAAUCUGUCGUAAUAUUUUUCUUCUGCAUAUUUUGGAAACAUGGAGACCAUAAAUCUGUGGGGACCAUAAAUAGGUUUGAAAACAGUCUGUGUUGAUGAUGAAACUAUUUUUUUUUCAUUUGUUCUGAAUUAGAAUCGCACUCUAAAUAUGGGAGAUGGUCACUUUGGAACGUGGGAAAUGUGUGCUUUAAAAACAUACAGCUAUUAAAAGGAAGCUGGAGGACAAACAUAAAUGUUUAGGAUACAAGAAACAAGAAACCCAGAUUUGUUUGAAAUGAUUGUUGUGUGAGAAAUAUAUACAAUGCGAACGCUUGUGUUUGUGUCCUCAGUUAAUAUGAACGUUCAGAAAAACACGUUUUUUUUUUCUCUCAGUUGGUAGGUUGUUUAGUUCAGAAAUGCAUCUCGUGUUAUUGACAUGUAGUCAUUUAACAGACACUUUUAUCCCUGCGACAUAAAAAUGAGGGCGCAGUUAACAAAAUAAUAAUAAACAAUGU